AUGGCAGGUGCGUUGGAACUAGGGCCAUGGCUGCUUCCAGGCGCCAUGCAGUGGACCCUGUGGGCAGAGAGCAUGUGGAGCUGGUGCCUGUGUUAGAUCUGCACUUGUGGAUGACAUCAUUGUCCACAUAGAACCACAAGGAUUUACGGAAAUUCUGGCAUGUUUUGCCCAACAACCGAAUGUUUGGAAAAAUAUCCUACAUAUGGCAAUGUUCUCCCGCCUCAGAGUCUUAAACCCAAGCAAGAAGUUCGAGCACACCGUGGUAAAAUGGAAGGAAUACCGACAUUUAAGUAA